GCCUGGUGCAAUUUUUUUUUUUUUUAAUUAAAGAGCAAGGCUAGGAAUGUAAGGUGAAGGUAAAUUCGUAUCCUCUGAUUUCCAUAGGCACAGGGUGGAAAUCAGAGAAUAUGUGAUCACAGUGUAGGAAGGUGACAAUGUACCUGUAAGCCAGGAUGGUGGUACAGAUAUUUGAUCUCAGCACUAGGGAGGCAGAGACAGGUGUAUCUCUGAGCUCAAGGCUAGCCUGGGCUACAAAAUGAGUACCAGGACAGCCAGAGCAGUACAGAGAAACCUCUUCUGGAAAAAUCAGAGGGGUGGAAGGUGAGGGGGAAAUUCCUGUAGCCAGGGAUCCAAAUUCAGAUCCUAAGAUGACGGGGAUAUGAGGACAGCCUGGAAGACCUUAGCCUUGACUUUAAUUAUGGGCUGGAAAUUCUCCUUAACCAUUGCCCUGGCUUUAAAGUGACCAGAGUUUUUUAAUUUGGUUUUAGGGGUUGGUUGGUUUGCUUGCUUUGUUUUCUAAGUUACACUUCUUGUUUAGUGCUGGAUCUUGCAGAAUCUUCAAGGUUUCUCUAAUGUUUUGUUACUGCUGUGUGUGGAUGAGGGUGCGCUGGUGCUACUCUGUGCCUAUAGAAAUCAGAGGAUAUGAAUUAACGUGUGGUCAGAGUACAACUUUCGGGAGUUAGUUCUUUUCCCCUUCAAGAUCUGGGGAGUAAGCUCAGGCUAGUCAGGCAAGCUUCCAGGGUAAAUGCCCUCACCUGCUAAGCCAGCUCACUGCCCCCCAGCCCCGCUCCCCACCUUUGAUUUUGCAGUUCCCUAGCCUGGUGCACCCUCUGUUCCCUCAUGAUCUGUAAUUUUUGUCCUUCAAACAGCUGGUUUCUCUAGAGAACACGUCAUAAUCUGGGAUACCCUCUUUUCUCUACAUUGACAUGUCUGUCACUCCCAGAAAUAAAACUUGGGGAGGAUAGAAGACAGCACGUGCUGUCAUGUGGGGAGCGGUGAGAUCAACUACUCUCAAUCCACCCCAGCCCAGGACCGUCAUCAACCCUUGAGUGAAUCUGAUUUCUACCACAGUUUGCUGCAUGACCCUGGUCCAUUUUCAUCACCUCUCAUCUAUACAAACGGUGAUCUAGAAUGAUUGAUUCUAGUCCCCUCUUAGGCGGAGACUUAUUCUGAACAUGAAAUACACUAAUGUUUGUCUUGGUAUUUUCCUGUUCAUAUGACAAAAUUCCCUGGCAAAAGUAAUUUAGGGGAUAAAGGGCUUAUUUUAGCUCAUAGUCCAGGGUACAGUCCAUUAUAUUAGAGAAAUCAGGUAGGCAGGAGAACCUUGAAGCAUCUGGACAUUUCCACUGUGAGAAAUAGACCCAACCCCUAGCUCCCUCCCUCUGUCUUUUUUUUUAAUGUAUUGGUAAAAAAUGUAUUGGUUUUGUGUGUGUGCGUGUGUGCUCAUGCCCACUCAUUGUGUUCCACAGCACAGAUGUGGAAGCAGGGGACAGCUUGCAGUCCUUCCUGAUCACUGUGUGGGUUUAGGGAGUUGAACUCAGAUUGUCAGGCUGGAUAGCAAGCAUCUCCUCACUAACCCAUCUUGCUGGCACUAGCUCCUUUUCUCGUGCAGUCCAGGUUCCUUUGCUUGGGGAUUACUCCCACCCACUAACAGAACCCAAUCAGUAUUUUCUCUGACAGGCAUUUUCAGAGGCCUACCUCCCAGGUGAUUCUGGAUCAUUUACUUGAGAAGGUGGCUUCUUGUCCUUGUUCCUGUCCCUUCUGAGUGUGGACAUGAUAAGGGAGGAUGUGGGAGAUGAGAACAAAUACUAAAAUUGUUCUGAAAUCUUCUGAUAGAAGUACCUUGGCGUGGAGAGCUUGCAGGGCACCGCUUUCGGUCUGGUAAGGGUCCUUGGCACUGGCUAUAGUGGGCAGUGGGAUCAAGGCCCCUCCUGACUCAGUCUCUCUUCCCAGGGGACCAGUGAUGCUGCCCAGACUGUGAACAGGGGAGGCAGCACUGUAGGGGCUGCCAGCAGCCGGGGCUGGGGAGAGACAUGUGGACACGUAGCCCCUAUGGCUUCUGCCUGCCAGAUCCUCCGCUGGGCCCUUGCCCUGGGGCUGGGCCUCACAUUCAAGGUCACACAUGCCUUCAGAUCUCAAGAUGAGCUUCUGUCCAGUUUGGAGAGCUAUGAGAUUGCCUUCCCAACUCGAGUGGACCACAACGGGGCAAUGCUGGCCUUCUCUCCACCUGCCCUCCGGAGGCAGCGUCGGGGUGCAGGGGCUACAGCUGAGUCCCGUCUAUUCUACAAGGUGGCCGCACCCAGCACUCACUUCCUGCUGAACCUGACCCGCAGCCCCCAUCUCCUGGCAGGGCACGUCUCAGUGGAAUACUGGACACGGGAAGGCCUGGCCUGGCAGAGGGCUGCCCGGGCCCACUGCCUCUACGCUGGCCACCUGCAAGGCCAGGCUGGUAGCUCCCAUGUGGCCAUCAGCACCUGUGGGGGCCUGCAUGGUCUGAUUGUGGCAGAUGACGAAGAGUAUCUGAUUGAGCCCCUGCAAGGUGGACCCAAAGGUCGCCGUGGCCCAGAAGAGAGUGGCCCUCAUGUAGUAUACAAGCGUUCCUCUCUGCGUCACCCCCAUCUGGACACAGCGUGUGGAGUGAGAGAUGAGAAACCCUGGAAGGGUCGUCCAUGGUGGUUACGCACCUUGAAGCCACCGCCUGCUAGGCCCCUGGGGAACGAAUCUGAGCGAGGCCAGCUGGGCCUGAAGCGAUCAGUCAGCAGAGAGCGCUAUGUGGAGACCCUGGUGGUAGCCGACAAGAUGAUGGUGGCCUACCAUGGACGGAGAGAUGUGGAGCAGUAUGUGUUGGCCAUCAUGAACAUUGUUGCCAAACUUUUCCAGGACUCGAGUCUGGGAAACAUCGUCAACAUCCUUGUCACUCGCCUUAUCCUGCUCACAGAGGACCAGCCCACCCUGGAGAUCACCCAUCAUGCCGGGAAGUCACUGGACAGCUUCUGUAAGUGGCAGAAAUCCAUCGUGAGCCACAGUGGCCAUGGCAAUGCCAUUCCAGAGAAUGGUGUGGCAAACCAUGACACAGCUGUGCUCAUCACACGCUAUGACAUCUGCAUCUACAAGAACAAGCCCUGUGGUACUCUAGGCCUGGCCCCUGUGGGUGGAAUGUGUGAGCGUGAGAGGAGCUGCAGUAUCAAUGAAGAUAUUGGCCUGGCCACAGCUUUCACCAUCGCCCAUGAGAUCGGGCACACAUUCGGCAUGAAUCACGAUGGUGUGGGGAACGGCUGCGGGGCCCGUGGUCAGGACCCAGCAAAGCUCAUGGCUGCCCACAUUACCAUGAAGACUAAUCCAUUUGUGUGGUCAUCAUGCAGUCGAGACUACAUCACCAGUUUUCUGGACUCCGGCCUGGGGCUUUGCUUGAAUAACCGGCCUCCCAGACAGGACUUCGUGUACCCAACGGUGGCUCCUGGCCAGGCCUAUGAUGCUGAUGAGCAGUGCCGAUUCCAGCAUGGAGUCAAAUCGCGUCAGUGUAAAUACGGGGAGGUCUGCAGUGAACUAUGGUGUCUGAGCAAGAGCAACCGGUGCAUCACUAACAGCAUCCCAGCCGCUGAGGGAACACUGUGCCAAACACACACUAUCGACAAAGGGUGGUGCUACAAACGAGUAUGUGUCCCCUUUGGGUCUCGGCCAGAGGGUGUAGAUGGGGCCUGGGGCCCGUGGACUCCAUGGGGUGACUGCAGCAGGUCAUGUGGUGGUGGUGUAUCAUCUUCCAGCCGUCACUGCGACAGCCCCAGGCCAACCAUUGGGGGGAAGUACUGUCUGGGUGAGAGACGGAGGCACCGGUCCUGCAACACCAAUGACUGUCCACCUGGCUCCCAGGACUUCAGAGAAAUGCAGUGUUCUGAAUUUGAUAGUGUUCCUUUCCGUGGAAAAUUCUACACGUGGAAGACAUACCGAGGAGGGGGUGUGAAGGCCUGUUCGCUGACUUGCCUAGCAGAAGGCUUCAACUUCUACACUGAGAGAGCUGCAGCUGUGGUGGACGGAACACCCUGCCGCCCUGACACAGUGGACAUUUGUGUCAGUGGCGAGUGCAAGCAUGUGGGCUGUGACAGGGUCCUGGGUUCUGAUCUCCGAGAGGACAAAUGCCGAGUGUGUGGGGGUGACGGCAGUGCCUGUGAGACCAUUGAGGGGGUCUUCAGCCCAGCUUUGCCAGGAACUGGGUAUGAAGACGUCGUCUGGAUCCCCAAAGGCUCAGUCCACAUUUUCAUCCAAGAUCUGAACCUGUCCCUUAGUCACCUGGCCCUAAAGGGGGACCAGGAGUCUCUGCUACUAGAGGGACUACCUGGGACCCCCCAACCUCACCGCCUUCCCCUGGCUGGAACCACAUUCCAUCUACGGCAGGGGCCAGACCAGGCUCAGAGCCUAGAAGCCCUGGGACCCAUUAACGCGUCUCUCAUCGUCAUGGUGCUGGCCCAGGCAGAGUUGCCUGGUCUCCGCUACCGCUUCAAUGCGCCCAUUGCUCGGGAUGCACUGCCUCCCUACUCCUGGCACUAUGCCCCCUGGACCAAAUGCUCAGCCCAGUGUGCAGGCGGCAGCCAGGUCCAAGUGGUGGAGUGCCGAAAUCAGCUGGACAGUUCAGCAGUGGCCCCACACUACUGCAGUGCCCACAGCAAACUACCCAAGAGGCAGCGUGCCUGCAACACAGAACCAUGCCCACCGGACUGGGUUGUAGGAAACUGGUCACGCUGCAGCCGUAGCUGUGAUGCUGGUGUGCGUAGCCGCUCAGUGGUGUGUCAGCGCCGGGUGUCUGCUGCAGAGGAGAAAGCCUUAGACGACAGUGCCUGUCCACAGCCACGCCCACCUGUGCUGGAGGCCUGCCAAGGCCCAAUGUGCCCUCCUGAGUGGGCAGCCCUGGACUGGUCUGAGUGUACCCCGAGCUGUGGGCCUGGUCUCCGCCACCGAGUGGUUCUUUGUAAGAGUGCAGAUCAGCGAUCUACUCUGCCCCCUGGGCAUUGCCCUCCUGCGGCCAAGCCACCAUCUACUAUGCGGUGCAACGUGCGCCGCUGCCCUCCUGCACGCUGGGUGGCCAGUGAGUGGGGCGAGUGUUCCACACAGUGCGGCCUGGGCCAGCAGCAGCGCACAGUGCGCUGCACCAGUCACACUGGCCAGCCAUCCCGAGAGUGCACUGAGGCUCUGCGACCAUCCACCAUGCAGCAGUGUGAGGCCAAGUGUGACAGUCCAGCGCCGCCUGCAGAUGGCCCAGAAGAAUGCAAGGAUGUGAACAAGGUGGCAUACUGCCCCCUGGUGCUCAAAUUUCAGUUCUGUAGCCGUGCCUACUUCCGCCAGAUGUGCUGCAAAACCUGCCAAGGCCGCUAGGGUACCUGGAACCAACCUGGAGCACAGGCUGAGGCAGGGGAAAUCCCACUGGAGGGGGCAUGAGGGAGGGGGGCUGGGAUUGAAGGGUGAGAUGCAGUUGGAAGUUAUUUAUUGGGUAACCCCCUGGGCUCCUGGCUAGGGGUUGGAGAAGAGCUGGCUACCCAGGGACCCUCUUCAGUAUCUCAUCCAGCUGACAGUGAAGGGAGAGGACUGCCCCUUGGUGCACACAUUUUUAAGUCCCUAACAUUCCCCCGACCCUUUGAUCGGAAUAUGUACUGUGAAGAGUGGGGGUGGGGAGGGGGUAUGCUGGUGCCCUGCCCCCCAACACUGUUCUAUCCCUACACUCUGAGCUGGGGGAAAUUAUAUCUGCUAUGGGGGGGGGGGGAGUGGGUUUGAUACCACCUCCCUGUGACCCUCCCCCAGACUGACCAAGGGGAAGUUCUACCCCAACCUCUGCCCUGCUUGCCCCAGGGGGCGAGUCCAGCAUCCAGGCCAUUUCCCAUCAUGGUGCUACAAGCCCUGCCCUGGGGCCCACACACUCCUCACCAAGAAGCCUUACAUUAAUAAAGUUCUGUCUGGUGUAGAUUUCUGCUCA